AGUUGAACGUGAAAUUUUCGUGCCGAAAGAACAAUCGCAUUCAUUUAAAUAUUUUUUUUUCCACAAGAAAAAGAAAAUCAUUGAAUGAAAAUUGAGAAAAAAAAUUCUAUAUCAAGAGAAAAGUUUUAUUGUUUUAAUUAAGCAAGAUUUAAAGUCUUUCUUUCACGCAAUUGAAUUUAGAGCUGUGAAGAAUCUUAGUAAGAAUUGAAAAUAUAAAAUAAAAAAAGAUAUCUGAACGAGAGAAGCUUAAACAGAAAAAAAGUUCAUCAAGAGAAGGAAAAAACAUUCACCAUCAGGCUGAUUUUGACGUCAAGAAUCAUCAGCGAAGCACAAAAAGUAAAGAUAGAAAGGAAUUUUUAAGAGAUCUUGAAUCUUCUGGUGUUCCUUUAAGUGCGCAGUGAUCGUAAAGUUUUAUAAGAUAAUAACGAAGUGUCAUUAUUUGUUGUGGAGAAGAAUAAAAUGUAUGAAGUAAAUAAGAAAAGUCUCGUGAAAAUUCAUAACGAGCGAUGAAAUAGAGUUGAAGUGCACAAAAUAACCUUUAAGACUAAUUAUAUUCGCGAAAUUCUCGUGCGCUCAAGGGACAAAAAAAGGUGAACGAUAAUAGAAAAAAAAGAGAAAAGGAAAGAAAGUGAAGCUAUUCAGUUGACAUUUUCUUCUGCUCUUGCGGUAAAGUAAAGAGAAGCAAUUAGCAAAACAUUCAAAAGACCCAAAAAAGCGUCAAAAUGAUUAAAGUUGACGAGACAGAUCCGGUGGGAGAUAUCGAGCUGAAGUUUCCCUAUAGACAAGUGAGCGUAAAGCGAGGAGAGGACGUAAAGAAAUUCUACGAUUUGAGUGAAGAAAUCGGAAGAGGUAAAUUCGGAACAGUUUAUAAGUGCAAAGAGAAAUCGACAGGUUUAUGUUCAGCGGCAAAAUUCAUCGCUGUACCAAAUCGAAAAGAGAGAAAAAAUGUUGAACGCGAAAUCGAAAUGAUGAAUCGUUUGCAGCAUCCAAAAAUCAUUCAACUAUACGACGCCUUUGAGUACAAUAAAAUGGUGUGCGUUGUGCUCGAAUUAGUCGAUGGCGGGGAACUUUUCGAUCGCGUACUUGAUGACAAAUUCAUUCUCACAGAGAAAGCGUGCUCAAUCUUCAUGAGACAAAUAUGCGAGGCAAUGGACUACAUUCAUGAACAUAACAUAAUCCAUCUUGAUUUAAAGGCAACACGGGAAUAUGAUCCGUCGACGAAGCUGCAAGUGUUGUUUGGUACGCCUGAGUUUGUAGCACCAGAGGUCGUCAAUUUCGAUGCCAUUACGUUUGCCACAGAUAUGUGGUCGGUUGGUGUUAUUGCCUAUGUGCUUGUGUCUGGUCUUUCGCCUUUCGCUGGAGAAUGUGAUGUGGAAACUAUGGGAAACGUGACAGUCGGAAAAUACGAUUUCAAUGAUGAAGCAUUCGACAAUGUUUCUCCCGAGUGUAUUGAUUUCAUUACAAAGUUACUUGUGAAGCAACAUGGUGAACGUCUUACAGCUAAAGAAGCGCUUCGACACAAAUGGGUGAAAAGAAAACCGCAAUAUCAUUCAACGAAUGUUAAGCCAUCAACAUCCCCACUUUCGUUAAAAAGUGUUUACUCAGAUAAAGAUAAUUCACUGACAUCAGCAAAGGAUAACUUACGAAAUUGCGUAGAUCGAUGGAAUGACAGUACGCCAUAUGUGUUUGAUAAGCACACAAAAUCAAUAUCAUCAGUGCACUCGAGCAUCUCUUCGUCAAUAGAACUGUCACCAUCAUUUGCUGAAGGUUCAUUAAGCAACUCAUCAGAAAGUUUGACCACACCUGAUGACAAUGAUCUAACAAACUCAUUGUCGUCACCCGAAAAUAUUAAUAUCAUAAAUGAUGAAAAUAACAAAUCAUCGUCAUUAAAAUUAACCGAACUUUCACCACAUCACAACGAGAUUAUAAAUAUAAAAGAUUAUUUACACAUACUGGAUCGUCACAAGUCAAUUGACAAUUGUUUUCUAUCACCAUCCAGUUGUGAACGUUUAUUAAAUAUUGAAAAAUUUACAAAAUUAACCAAUCAUUUAUUCGAUAAAAACGUACAAGCAGAGCCUACGCCACAAACAAACGGUGAUGAAAGAAAUUAUGAGAUUCAAACAACCGACGAUAUCAUCAUCAACAACAACAACGGUAUACAUGACAUAAACAUAGAAAAUCUCAGCACAAAGCAAACAACAUCAUCCGUUGAUUUAGCCACGAAGGCAAACAUGUUGGAUAAGAGCGAUGAUGGUGGUGUUAAGAAGGGUGACAGGAUGGAUGAAAAUAAUAACAAGAUUAAUGAUUUCAAUGGGACAGUUAUUGUGCAGGAGAAUGGCAUAAAUAAUGAAAGGAGUCAUCCGUUCUCGGAGAUCUUUAAAAAGUUUUCUUCACUUCAUAGUGUUGAUAGUCAAGUAAACGAUUCAUCAAAUGCGCCAUGGCCCGUCUCAACAAAGCGUACAAAAUUCCGCAUCAACCAGAUGAGUAGUCGUGAUGUUCCUAUUGUUCGAAUAGAAAAGCCAGCGAAGCUGAAGAAACAGAACGCGAUUGAUGCGUGCGAUACGAAAAUUUUCGAUGAAAAGAUUAACCAUACGAAAUCAAUAAUUUAUAAAACACCAGGAACACUUAACAAUAAUUGCAUUGUGGAUAUAUUGAAGUCAUUUGAGCAUGAUAGAGAGCAACUGUUUCAAUCUCACUUCCGACAUAAGACAUUUAUUGAUCGCAUGCCAAAUGGUAGCAUUUCAUUUGAUUGCGGACAGAUUGACGUUGAACAGCGUUCGAUUAACACCAUUAGUUCGCUUUUUAAGUUACACGCGACCACAGGUAGACAAGUCAAACAAAUUCAAGCUAGAAUUGAAGCGAAUAACAAAUGA